UGACUCUGAUAAAAUUGCAGAAGACGAAAGAAAGAAAGAAAUUGCAGUCGAUUCCCAAAUCGAGGAAGGAAAGAAGGAAGAGAGAAGAAGAAGCAGCGUCGUCAAUGGCUGCCUUUCUAGCUCGUAAAUCUCUUCAGACUCUUCGUGCCAGACAGCUUCAGCUCGCUGUACCAGGAAAACCACUGCAGGGAUCUCAAUUCUAUGGACUGCGAUCUAGCUCACAUUGCUACUCAACUAAACUAGAGGAUGAGGAAAGAGAACAACUGGCAAAGGAGAUGUCCAAGGACUGGAGUGCUGUUUUUGAGAGAAGCAUCAACACACUAUUUCUUACUGAAAUGGUUCGAGGUCUGAUGCUGACGCUCAAGUACUUCUUUGAGCAAAAAGUUACUAUCAAUUAUCCAUUUGAGAAGGGUCCUUUGAGUCCUCGUUUUCGUGGUGAACAUGCCCUACGGCGUUAUCCUACAGGAGAAGAGCGUUGCAUUGCGUGCAAACUUUGUGAAGCUAUUUGCCCGGCACAGGCAAUUACGAUCGAGGCUGAGGAACGAGAAGAUGGUAGCCGUAGGACUACUAGGUAUGACAUUGACAUGACAAAGUGCAUCUACUGUGGAUUCUGUCAAGAGGCAUGUCCAGUAGAUGCUAUUGUAGAAGGACCAAACUUUGAAUUUUCAACCGAAACUCAUGAGGAGCUUCUUUAUGACAAAGAAAAGCUUCUUGAGAAUGGAGACCGUUGGGAGACUGAGAUUGCUGAGAACCUCAGAUCUGAAAGCCUCUAUCGUUGAUCGUCUACUGAUGUUUCUUCCCUCAGUAACCGUACCUGCACUUGACUUUUUGAUCAUGUGGAAAAAUAAUAGAUCCAUGCAUGGAUCUUUAAGCGGCAUCAUUGGUUUGUGAACCUCUUUCUUCAUUUUGUGUUUGCGAGUGAUGGUUCAAAAUGCAAGGAAUGUAACCAUUCUAAACAUGUUGAGAAUACACAAAAAUGCCUUUACUCAAUUCCUCUCUAGACUGACAAUUGUUAAGAUCCUUGUAGUUGAAAUUUAGAAACCUCUACCAGGUGAGAUGCGAAACAACACUAGACGUUUGUGCGUUGGCAUUUGGAAAAUUACAACGUAAAAUUUAUGGACAUUACUCGUUUCAGUCGUU